GUGGAAUUAGAAGAAAAGUUCUUUGCAAACAGUUCUGCCUUAUCCCUGGGAGAGGUAACAAGAUCAGACUUUAAUAAAAAAAGGAAUUGAACAGGGUAAGGUGAAAAUUCAGCUACACUUUGAAGGAAAGUUAAUCAAGGACUUGAUAUCAAAUCACGGUGAUGUGGCAGUUGAUAGGAUUUGUGUUCUUGUGAGAGCUGGAGUUACUGAUUAUCUACUUAGCGCUCCAGGAGUUUAUUCUGUUACAGGGCUAAAUCAGUUCAAGGCUAUCAAAAAUAUUUUGAAUGAGUUUGAAAUUGCUGAUCACGUAAGGAUGGUCUGCUAAAGUACUACUGCUAGCAAUACUGGAAUGAUUCGUGAUGCUAUAUACAGACUGCGAAACAAUAUUGGUAAACCAUUGUUGAUACUUGCUUGUAGACAUCAUGUUAUAGAAGUCAUAUUAUUAAAAUAUUAUUGGUUAGCAGUUACCAUAGACAAAACCACAGGACCUGACAAGGCACUCUUUAAAGGCUUGAAAAGUAAGUGGAAUGAUAUUGAUGUGAAAAACUGUGUCAUCACUCACUUCAAAUGGCAAUCUAUUUAUGAUUCUUGGUUUAAUGAACAAGCAGAAAAAGCAAGAAAAUGUUUAUUGAUGAUUGCGAAUGAAGGUGUCUUCAAAAAAUCUCAGAAACACCAGAAAAGAGCAGACUACCAGGAACUUGCUGAGCUAGCUCUCAUGUUCUUGGAACUGACAUUCAAGCCUCUCAACAUACGCAAGCCUGGAGCAUCAUGCUUGUUUUAUGGCAAAGAGUAUCUACUAUCUAAAGAUCAUGCUUGUUCUUAAUUCGACCAUCCAAAUCCUAAAAUUGAACCAGGAGAAGAUUAAUGAGGUGGAAAAGAUGGCAAUUUUUAUUUAAAUUUUCUAUGCUCCUCAACUUCUGAGAGCUAAAAAAUCAGAUACAGCUGCAAUCCAAGUUAGUUUUUUAGCCUUUGAUGCAAAUAAUCAUAGUUAAAUUUUACCAUUAUUAUUUGAUAAAAUAGUGUCCCCAAAUUGUAUUAAAAUUUGGGUAUUGAAACUGCAGAUAAUAUGCAGAUAAUAUUAAUAGUCAAGAAUAAAAUAAAAAAACCAAUUUCACACGCUAAUGCAGCAUAUAAAGAGGCAGCUGAACAGCUAACACCUGCUGAGAAGCUAAGCCUUGCGUACGAAUAUGAAUGUCUUGAGGAGACAGAGGACAAAUUAUCACUAUCUAAUACUAGUGAUUUUGACAGUAGCUUGGAUAUUGUUGAUGAAAAUGAUGUGGUUGAGACUAUUAAAGCUGAAAACGAGGCCUUCAAUAAUGCAAAAACCUAAAUCUAUAUUUUAAGUUAAUAUUUUUUUCAAUGCUAUCAUUUAUUUUU